CCCCGCCGCGGAGCCGCCGCGCAGCCGGCGCCGGGAUGUGACUUGCCGCGGGCCGGAGCGGACAGAGCUGCCCCGCUGCCGGCGGCCGCAGGACCGCGGACAGAAAAAUGAAAACCUACCCAGCCAUUGGUUUCUUCCUCCUCUUCGUGAUCAGCUAUGGCUCUUCUGAAAACUCGAGCACGUCCAGAGGGUGCGGACUGGAUCUCCUCCCUCAGUACGUUUACCUGUGUGACCUGGAUGCCAUCUGGGGAAUAGUACUGGAGGCAGUUGCAGGAGCAGGUGUGCUGACCACACUGCUGCUGAUGCUGAUUUUGCUAGUGAGGUUGCCCUUCAUAAAGGACAAAGAAAAGAAAAGCCCGCUGGGAAUGCAUUUCCUCUUUCUUUUGGGGACUCUAGGACUGUUUGGGCUGACGUUUGCUUUCAUCAUACAAGAAGAUGAAACGGUGUGUUCAACUCGAAGAUUUCUAUGGGGAGUUAUCUUUGCUUUGUGCUUCUCGUGCUUGCUAGCUCAAGCCUGGAGACUUCGUAGACUAGUUCGACAUGGGAAAAGUCCAUCUGGCUGGCAUCUAGCUGGUGUGGCAAUCUGCCUGAUGCUCGUUCAAGUCAUUAUUGCAACUGAGUGGUUAAUACUGACAGUUGUGAGAGAUAACAAGCUGGCCUGCAAUUAUGAACCAAUGGAUUUUGCUAUGGCUUUGAUUUACGUUAUGUUCCUGAUGGUAUUCACCAUGGGAUUUUCUCUUUUCACUCUUUGUGGAAAGUUUAAGAAAUGGAAGAAAAAUGGAGUAUGCCUCAUUAUAACACUCUUUUUUUCCAUUCUGAUUUGGGUAGCCUGGAUGACUAUGUACCUCUUUGGUAAUGCUGAACUGAAGAGAAAAGACAAAUGGAGUGAUCCCACUCUUGCUAUUGCACUGGUGUCCAGUGGUUGGGUGUUUGUUAUUUUUCAUGCUAUACCAGAGGUCCACUGUACCAUCCUUCCAUCACAACAGGAAAACACACCCAAUUAUUUUGAUACUUCACAGCCAAGGAUGCGUGAAACUGCUUUUGAGGAAGAUAUACAGCUUCCUCGGAGUUACAUGGAAAAUAAAGCCUUUUCAAUGGAUGAACAUAAUGCAGCACUAAGAACGGCAGGAUUUCGAAACGGCAGUUUGGGAAGCCGACCUAGUGCUCCUUUUAGAAGCAAUGUUUAUCAGCCAACUGAGAUGGCAGUUGUGCUAAAUGGUGGGACUAUACCAACUGCUCCACCAAGUUACACUGGACGACACCUCUGGUGAAAGGCUGUAGGCUCUAGAAAAUAAGAAUCUUUGUUACAGAUUUUGCUUCCUGGCAGUGUGUCUUUGAGGGAGGAAUCCAUAACAGUACCAGAACAAAGCAACAAAACAUCUAGGAGCUUUCGAAAUCCUACAGAGGAUUUUAUGUAAAUGUGAACAUCACUUUACCAAUAAGCUAAAUACAAAAACAAAAUUGUAAAACUAAAGCUGAAUCUAAUUUAAACUAGAAGUAGGCACACUUUAGAAUGGAAGAGGGGAUCUUGUAUUCUGAAAUGUAAGAUAUACUCUGUCUGUAACUAGUGUGCGAGACAAGCCUUUUUCUGUUGUUGGUUGCCCAUUGCUUGCAAAAUACCCUCCUCUCACCUAAAUUUAAUUCAUGUUGUCACAAGAGAAUGCCACUACAAUGUGAAAACAUGCAGGAUUUAUUUCCCUUUUGCUCUUUUUCCCUUCAUUUCAAAUAUCAUGCAAAGCACCUUGCUUGCUUCAUUAUCUAGCUGUACGGUAACAUCAUUUAGUAUCACAUGUAGUUAAGCAUUGUCACUCUGUGGCAACUAAAUUACCAUUACACUGUACAUUGAUAUUCUCCUCUCUUUAAAAAGACCAUGUAUGAAAUGCAGUUCUGGAGAGAUGAAAUAUCUUAAGCAUGUUUCAUGCGAGUUAUGGAGCUUCUUGAGGCAGAGAGAAAAAGCGUAGGUGCAGCAGAGUCAGAGCUCCUCAGCAGCGUGGAAUCAGUUUCCCUGUUAGCCCAGCCGCAGCCCGGGGUGCAAGCCAAGAGCUGUGCAUUCUCAGUGCUCCUGCAGAUGAAGCUGUUAAAUGAAACUUUGGAGGGAUAUACUUUUGCAAAGACUUAGCUGGGGAGAAAACGUGACUUGAGUUUGCCAGAAGGUCUCUGUGAUGGUGAACUGAAGGAAGCCUGCUGUGCUGCAGAGGACAGGUUGUUCUGCUAGGCUGGUCUUGCCGAGGAGGAAAGCGGUGGCAGCUGAACAGUACUGAUCGCCUUUCAGGAGGGACUCAGCAGCGUAUAGGAUCAAGCCCUCUGUUUCUCAUCCCUGUUCACAUGAGUAGUCCCACUGACUGCAGUUGUUUGUGUAUUUCAAUGUGGUUGUGCGUUUUAGUGCCUAGCUAGCAGAAUCUCCAUUCUGGAGAUGGUUUGUUGUUAUUUUAUGCUUUUAAGGUGGUUUCCCCCCUACUCCUCCCUGCCUUUCCACUCCUCUGAGUUGAUAGAAGGCAGACUUUCUCAAAGCUUUUGAUCUUUGCUUUUUCAGUUAUUUAAAAAGUUCCCAUUGCCCAUUAUUUGUGCCAUGUUUUUCAUUAUGUUUAAGUAAAUCAUUCCUUUAUUUAACAUUUAAUACAUAUCAGACACUGAAAACAUCAUUGUAUCUUCACUGUUUUGCCAAUGUUAAUCUUAGCUUUCCUCAAUACUAAAAGCAAAUUGUUUUUACUUGAGGGCAUAGGAAACAUAUAAGGAUUAAACUUUGCAUAUGCUGUAAUAAAAAUAUAUAUUUUCAAACUAAAAAAUAUAACGUACAAAUAACUGAAUAGCUUAAGAGCUUCUCAGAAAGAAGUUAAUUUCUGUAUUCUGCAAAAGAAAGACAAGCUUUUUAUUUUAAGGAGUCUUCCUGAUUCUUCACGUACCUCCAUUUCUACCGAAUUAGGAACCGAGUCCUGCAGACCUGUACUCCCAUGAGUAGUCCCAUGAACUUUAGCAGGUCUACAUACAGGCGGUACAAAAGCUGCAAGACCAGUCCCUAAGUGUUGCACACAGAUAUGUAUGUGUAUAUAUAUAUAGAUGAAAAAAUAUAUUUUGCCAUUCUUGCCAUGAUCAUCUUAUAGGGUUUUAUUUCAAACCCCUUCUCUUCCAGAAGCAAUAUUUUUCUGUCAUGCAUGAUUAAAGGAGCAUGUUAGCUCCAUGUACACUCUGCCUUCCCUGUUCAAGGCAAAGGAAGCAUGUGCUUGUUUCAAGGAUUUUUUUUUAUUUUUUAUUUGUGUGUGUGUGUGUGUGUGUGUAAGUAGAUAGUCUAGGAAACCAAGUAGGUAGUGGUUCACCUACUACCAAGGUAGUGGUGGAUCUUGCAUGCUAUCCAGUGACUUAGAAAUACAUUUUGCGUGUUAAAAACAGAGUUUUUAUCAAAUAAGGUAGUAUUUAUGAUAAUGAUAGUUACCCAGAAGUUGCAUCAUUUGGAACAAUAUAAAACCUAUCGAUCAUCGCUUGCCUGCAGAAGCUUGUUUUUAAAAUAAAUGAAUAAAGUCUCAAAAAACUAUUGUAAAAAACAUAUAAGAUGACCAUGGCAUAAAUGGUAGGACAGUUUUCUUUUAAAAGAUUUAUCAUACUGCAGCUGAGAUUUAUGAAUUAUAAUACACAUUUUACAGACGUUGGACAAAAUCUGUACAAGACAUAGUUACCUUAAGAAAUGUGUGUUCUUUUUCUAGAUGUGACUGAAUUGAUAAAUAGAGUUCCCAAUCCUACUCUUAAUGAAGCUAAUUGGAAUUAGAGGCCUUAUGCAAAGACAUGGCCAGAUCCUGAAAACUCUUGCUUAUGUGGCUAGUCUCAUUGGGUAGUCAUGUGGACUAUUCACAGAAUUGAAAAUUAGCAGGAUUGGGCUUAAUUUGUGGUGGUGAAGGUGUGACAAUAGAUUAGGAGGGUCUUUAUUUUACAAUUUCAUACAAUUAGUAAUAGGCAACUUUUUUGUUAGUCACUAGUCUGUGAUGUAAAAUGCCCCAAAUAAAAACAUAACUGAAGAAAGGCACUUUUAUGUUAACUUAUAUUUUUGUUACAGUAAACAAAUUGUUUACUUUUGCCUUUUAUGAAAGUUAUCUAGAAUGUAGAGCAUCUGUGAACAACAUAAAUAAGUGUAAGCACAAGCCUUUCACACACAGUUCAGUUAAAUGUAAUUAGUUUUUAUGCUAUAAAAGCUACUGUGUUGUCCCUUGAUGAUCAUUUGCUCAUGGUAUAUCCAUACGAGAAAAAUUAAAUCCUAAUGCUUCUGAAAAUGUUAUUACCAAAACAAAUUUUUACAAUAACUGGCUUUUGCUCAAUGGCUAGAAAAAGAGUUCAGAGCCAUACUUCACAGACCCUGUCCUGCUUUUAGGAGAGUUCAAGGUCUUUGGCACAUGCCAGAAAACAUGUAGCAUCUUGCAGAGUGGCACUCUCAAUACAAACAGUUGUUUCUAUAAAUAAGGUACAAGAAGUAUUAUAGAAUUAGCUGGUUUUGUUUUUAGUGUAAACACAGGCAUCUGGUUGGCUUUGUUUGAGCUCGAUGCUGUGGGACUAACCAAAGGCUGUGCAAAAGGGAGCAUUGUAGCUUUUAUAAUAAAAUAAUUGGACUAUUCUACCAGCUUACAGGAUUACAAAGCAGGUGCUUUUUAUUAAUUGAUGAGAGCUAAAGCUCAUUUUUGAUAGAUAAUAUAUAUUUAUUAAAUGUAUUAAUGUGUGUUUUAUAACGUACCCCUUUUUCCGCUGAUUGUUGCAUACUGGUAUAUUAUUAAGUACAUCUUUGAAGGAUUUUCAAGACAAUCAAUGUGUACCCUGAUGACUGUACAUAAGUAUACAAAACUACAAAGGUUGUAAAGCAUGGGCAAAUGUUUUAUUUUCAAAAUGCUGUUCUUAACGAGAAUAAAGGCUUUACUAUUUACUUACAA